CUACUACUACAUGUGAUAAUAAAAUGGGCUAAUCUUUAAAAUUUUCUCAUAAACAAACAAUACAUUUAAUGAUCAAUGAAAUGAAUAAAAAACCUAUGGAAUUGUGGGAACUUGAAACUUUUUUGGAUAAAGCUAUUCACGAAAACAAAACAGUUAUAAAUUUAAGCCACAGAGGACUGACAAUAGUUACUGGACGAUUGCAGAGAGCAAAUUCAGCUCACGCAUUAUUGUUAAAUCACAAUAAGUUAUUGAUGGCUCCUAGUGAAUUAUGCUCAUUACCUAACUUGACAGAGUUGGUGCUGGAUAACAACAUGCUGACAAUGUUUCCUUCAGGUAAGAGUGUCUAUAAUUUACUGACUUUGAAUACUCAUUACUGUAUUUUUUUUACUUGGAAAUUCAAAUGAGUGUGAGAUAAUUUAUUUGGCUACCCAGUAGAUCCAAUAAUUGGUAAUGGAAUAUUUUAAAUUUUAAAUAUUUGAAAAAUGUUAAAUUAGUACAGUGGAACCUCGGAUAAUGAACUUAAUCCUUCCCGUGUCUCCCUUCUUAAACCGAAACAUUCGCUGGCUGAAAUAAUUUUUCCCUUUGAAAUCAAUAAAAAUUUAAUGAAUUUGUUCCAACCUUAGAAAUGCAAUAUUUUUACAUUUUUCAGUGUUUUUCUCUAGUGUAAACAAAUCAAAUUAAAUUGAACUAUAGAUAUAUCACACUAAAAUAAAUAAAACAAGUAUUGCCAUUAUUGUGUUAUACUGUAAUAUAAUUUCUUUCUUGAUUUCCUCACUACAAUACCUAUUAAUAACACUUUUCUCUUUAGGCACCAUAAUAAAGGCUAAAAUAUCACAAAAAAUUCAAAAAUAACAAACAGUAUUGUUUUUAAAAACAUUACUCGGAUAAACUAUGAAAAACUACAUCUACAAUAAAAGCACAAAUUCUCUACUGAGCCCAUGCAUUGUGUAAACAGGCAUAUAAGUAUGUUGGAACCAAAAGUAUAGUUCGUGAACAGAGAAUAAAAUUGUUCAUAAAACUUUUUCGUUAUCUUAUUUGUUUGAUAAAUAAGGCGUUUCUAAUUUGAGGUUCCCCUGUAAUUAGUAUUUUUGCUAUCAAUUUUUCAUAAUUUUAAAUUGAUUUUGAAAGGGGAUGUAAGUUUUGGUUAUCAGUAAAUUAAGCAUUUGGAUAGUACGCGAAAAAGGUAGGUAUCAAAGAUUUGGGUUAAGGAACAUUGGAUGUUGUUUGUUGCCUUUGAUUGUUUAAGGGCUACAAAUCAGGGGUAAGAAUGAGUGGUCCAAGGUUCAAGUCUGGAGAUCUUAUCAUGCAUGAUCAAGCAACUUGGAAAAUAUAUUAUGCAUUGUUAGGAAAGAAGAGCUUUGAAAGUCAAUCACUCUUGGCAUGAGAGGGGUAGGUGUCUAAUUGAGUACCUAUAGCUCUAACAAUAAUUAAAGAAUUACAUUACAUAGUAUAAGGAAUUAGAUAUGUUGCAUUAGAGAACGAAAAAGAUUUCCUAUUAGUGCUGGGAGAGAGAGAGAGAGCGAAAAAUUAGGAAGAAUUAGAAUUGUCCUAAUUGGGAUUGAAUUUUCAGGCAGGAGGCAGGAUCCUGUGUUUGCUUGUCCUAAUUUCAAAUUAAAUUUUUUAAAAUGGGAUAUGACAUGAAAUUAGAAUUAAAUACACAUAAUAAAAUUAAUCAAAGUCAUAUUCAUUUUAAAAUAAUUAAAACAUUUUUAAAAAAAAAUUAGCAAUAUUUAAAACAAGCACAUUUGAUUAUGGACAUUUUCUCUUGGCGUUAACAGGUUUGGCCAAACUAACACAUUCACUCAAAUAUGACAAUUUUAUCUCACAGGUAUUGGAUGUCUUUCUAAACUGCAGGUAUUGUCAGCAUCACACAAUCCAUUAGUUGUCUUACCAGAUGAAUUAGCCAAUCUUUCAUCUUUACAAUGCCUUUGGCUUAUUAAUUGUCAGCUUGCAAGUCUACCCCCAAGUUUGGGAAGAUUGAAGAAGCUUGAAAAGCUUGGACUGAGAAACAAUGAAUUGCAUUGUCUUCCUGAAGAACUGUGUAGAAUCCAACACCUAACAUGGCUCAACUUGGAUGAUAAUCGUCUGAAAGAGCUCCCUUUGAAGAUUGGUAGUUGGAAGGAAUUAGUUUAUUUAAAUCUGAAUAGCAACUGUUUUGAUGAAGUGCCUGUUACUCUUCAAGAAAUUCCUAGUCUAGUUUCAUUACACAUGAGAAACAACAAAAUAAAAAGUCUGCCUGAUGACACAAUUGUGGCCUUGUCUUUUAUAAAAUAUCUAGACAUCAGAGAUAAUGGUAUUCACACUCGACCUCAGCAAUGGAAGGUGGGUUUCAGUUGUAUGUAUUGAAAUAUAUGCAAAUUAGUAUAGACCAAAUUCUUUUUUGUUUUUUCAUGGAAAAGUAAAAUAAAUGUACAGCUGGUACUUUUCCUAAUCUGAAGUCAGAAAUUUAAUGAGUUGUAAAAAUCUUUUAUUUUGAGUGUAUUAUUAACAAGUACAUAAAAUGCACAUUUUAUUACUACUUCUCAGGGACUAGACUUUAUCAUUGUUGGAUCAGAAGAGCAGCAUGAACAAGAAAAUUACUUAACGUACACGUGAGGAAAUUGUGAAGCUUAAUGAAUGCUAAAUUUUAAAAAUAGAUUAAUUUAUACCUAAAAUAUAAUAAAACAAUGUGUUUAUAAUGUUGAGAUGGUAUAUUGGGCCUAUACCAUUUGUAGUUUUGAUGCACAUAUUUGUGUGAAUUUAUGAGUGUCAUUUAAAAAGAUGAGUAUAUAAGUGGAGAUUUUGAUUUGUUCAUGAAUAUUCUAGUGCAAUAUUUCAGAAUUAAUGAAAUGUUAAAAUACUGCCCAGUAUUUUAUUCCGAGGGCAAAAUAAAAAUAUAUAAUUAUAAAGUGUGCUAGCGACUUUGGACAAUCAGUGACCAUGAAAUCUUCGAUUAUAUCUUUAAUAACGUUCUUCAAUUUCAACCAUAGGUUGGAUGUGUAAAUCUAUCUACUGAUCUCAAUACAAUAUUCUGUAUAGUUAAUUUGAAUUCCCCAAUUGUGUUGUCCAAGCAAUAGGAGCAUUAAGAAAAACUUAUCUGAUUUAGGGAUGGUUGUAAAUAUUCAUCCUAAAAAGUACAAUAAAACCCACUAAUAAAUGUAUUUUAAAGUAAAUGAAUGUUCAAAGUAACUUUCACUUACUGGGAAAAGUAUUGUUGCUAUUUUUUUAAUAGGUUUAAAAAAAAAAAAUAUAUUUUUUUGGCUUUAUGACAGAAAUGGAGCCAACAGAACCAAUCCUAGCCAUUUACAAAAAUCUCACAGAAUAGUGGGUAAUAUGAUCAGUGCACAAACAUAAAAAGCUUGUACAACACAUCUUAUCUCUCUUUUUAUAAAGUUAUAAAUGCUUUCUGAUAAAUUUCUUUAUCUCUAAAUACAACCUAUUUCAUUAACCCAGAGCAGUGAUGAUAAGACAAUAUAUAUUUAGCAUUACUGGAAUUAUUUUAAAGAAAUAAGUAUGCCGGCUCUUUUUUGAGUCUUUUUAUCAGAAAAAUGUUUUACAUUUUUUUCCCAACAAUUAUUUAUGUAUUCAUAUCAGUAUUAAUUCAUGAACAUAAUCUAAUUAUGGAUGAAUGAGGGUAACAUAUAUAUAAUUAUGGUGUUUUGACUGUGAUAGUUUUGUUCUAGAAACAAAUCUUUGUUUUAUCUUGAAAUUUGUUUUAUAAUAGAAUUAUAAAAGAGUUAAUCUUUCGUUUGGAGAUGAUAACAAGUAAUGGGUAGACAGAUCUGCUGCUUUAAAGCAAACUUUUUAUGCCAGCCUUUUUGGCACACCAAAAUAAAGGACAGAAAAAUAAUAAGACAUGAAAAUACAAUUUUAGUAUUACAAAAAUUUUGUUUAAUGCACAUAAAAAUUGUUAAAUUCCAUAUCAAUCUG